CUGCUGCUUUGGGGGGUCAAACUCGACGCGACACACUGAGCAGCGCAGGAACGUUGUAAACUGAGGAACAGGCAAAGAAAGAGAGGUGCAAGAUGAGUUUUAUCAUGGAGUUUGCUGAGAAUCUGGUGCUAAGGCUGAUGGAGGACCCUAAGGAGCGAGAUAGGAAGUUCAGGGAGCAUGUGUAUGCGGUGAAGGACAGAUGUGAGAAGACAAAGGAGAUGUGGGCCUUACCUCUCCGCCCUUACGGGUUCUGGACCUUUGACCGCCACAAUUCGCAGAUGAAAUGGGAUGCCCAGAUAAGUCAGGUUGCAGGCAGGAGGGACCCCUAUGAUGACCUUCUUCAGCACUGCCGUGAUACUGAUAUCGGCCGAUCAAAAUGAGUGCUGUGAGUCCUCUCCACUGCAACUCAUAGUCUUGUUUCCGUUGUUGCAGAGGAGCUCUCCCCGAACUGGUUGGAGGUUUUUGUUGAAGUUGGAAUUGUGCUGCAAUUUCAUUAUUUGUUGUUAGAUGCUUUUAUCAGGGCUGGUAUCUGCUUGUGAAUAAGAGUCCAUGUCACCGUCUGUGUUGUGGAAGAACUUUUCCCUUUGAUCUGUGAUACGACUACAAGUCUACAAGCUUUAUGCUCGCAUAAUUUCUAGACAUAUCAUUGAUUUUAGUAUUUGCUCUUGUACAAUACUCUGAAUGAAGGCUGUGAUUAUCUUAGAAUUAAACUUGUUUCUAA